AUGGCGCAAGGCUUGGAGGCAUUACCAGGCAAUCCGGACGCGACUCUUCCUGAGGUUGUGUUGGGCAUUCAGAACCGCGCCCUGUCUGAAGUUUCAGAAGCUUCAGACAAAGAUGCAGACGAAGACAAAGCUGUCCAACUGAUGCAGCUAUACAUCAGUUUCGUCAAUCAGAUGAUGGCGACACGGCCGGAAAUAGUCCGUGGUGUCCGAGUUUGGCGCCUGUUGCGGUACUUGCCGUCGGCUUGGCUACGAGACAACGUCGAUUCGUUGCAUUCAUGUAGUCAACAGACAACGCAGUUCGAUCAGUUCUGGUCCCACAGCUGGAAAGGGCGAUGGUGGUCCAAGUACAUCAACAUACUUUACCUUCAUAAUUGCGUGCCGGCAAGCAUUGCCGGAUCAUUGGGCGCAGGCGUCGCCUGCGGCCUCGUCUCAGCAGGACUUCUGGGUGCACGCGAAAGAUGGUGCUUGCAAAUUGGGCUUGUAACCUUUUGCCUGACCCUGGUGCUUUGGCAUCCUCGAAAGCUGGUGUUUCUAGACAUCGCAUGCAUUCACCAAACUGACGAAGACAGAAAGGGCGAGGCCAUCAUGAGUAUGGGUGCGUUUUUGAAGGAUUCAAGUUCCAUGCUGGUUCUCUGGGAUCCUACGUGGGUGACAAGACUGUGGUGCAUCUUCGAAGUAGCUGCCUUUCUACACAGCCGCAAAUCCGGUUCCAGGGCGGAUCUACAGAUGAUUCCACCAUUGUUGGGCACAGUAUUGCUGGGAUUUGAGAUUCUGGCUUGCAUACUCCAAAUUAUCUACGACUACAUCGAAUCCUCCCAUGUCACGUCGGAAGAUGGAGUAUGGGUAGGAGAGCACCACGUGAUGAUCAUUGGCCUUUUUACCAUGCUUUUCGUUAUCGUGACGCACCUCCUGCGAGGUUAUGCCCGCAGUGUUGAGAUGCUCCAAGACCAACUCCGUGAGUUCAAGGUCGAGAACACGAUCAGCGCGUGCUGCGCCAGUGCCAGCUGCAAGGAAGGCGGGUCCGGUCUCUGCGACCGCGCGGUUAUUCUUGAGUGCAUCGCUGCGUGGUACACAUCACUGGAGAGCUUUGAGCUGCAAGUACAAUCUGAUGUGCGGAUGGCCGUCAUCGAUCAGCUUGCAUAUAGAGCCAUCUCUUAUCAACGUGCUCUGCUAAUGUGUACGCCGUAUCUGUGGCUUCGUCUUGGGUAUGCAGCUAGCCAUGCAAGCGAUCCCAUCCGACAGCUAGUCGAUCUAGCCCAGACAUUCACCUACUUCCUGGCAAUUAUACCCGUGCUGGUCAAACUUUCCUUCCGUCUGUGCUACAGCUUGCGGGCACGAUGUUGCAAUCUCUACAUGGACGUCUUUCUGUCGAUGGCCGCGGUGAUGGGGGCCUUCUUGUUCUACCUAGCUUGCUACGCGAUCCAACUUUACGUCUUCCGUCAAAAUGACCGGGAACUUCUCCUCAGUGUGAUCUCAAUGAUUUCUUGGUGGAUUGUCGCAGCCAUCCUGUGGCGAGUUAUUUGA